AUUAUACUUAACUCCCUUCAUUUGCUACCUUUACAUUCUUUUGCUUCAACUCUCCUCAUGUUUAUCCAAGGAUCACUAUGUUUUCCAUGACAUCGGGGAUCCAUUAUAUGACGAACAGGUUGCAAACCUAUGAUAUGAGAAGCUAUUCCGUAGUUCACAAACAUACCAAUCUCUCAAUGUGGGGAAUAGACGGGAUUGACAUCGUCUUAAUGCUACUGCAUCCAUGCUGUCCGAAACAAGACAGAUUGUUUCAGAUGAAUGAUAAUUAAUAAAGGAGUUCAUGAGCACGUUGUAUACUUGCAUCGUACCGGCAUUGAUGCUGAUUUAGAGCUUAAUCGACAUAUGAGGGAUAAUGCCGACACCAUGGCGAUUCUGUUGGCAGCGGCGCUCUGCAUCGCAACAGCCAGAAUCUUCUCAGUAUCAACAGAUCAUCCUCACACACAAAUACGUUGUGACUCUCUUCGCUUUCCUCGUCUCUGUUGAUCUGAUAGAGAUAGUUGGAGUGCUGUGUUACCAGCUAUUUACUGCUAGCUAUUUCCCCUGGCAUCUAUAUCCGAUGAUGCUUAAUCGGGCUGUGGAGCUUGUGGCCUUCAUCUGCUCUCGGGGCUACAUACCUGCAUUCUACUCAAUUGUUCAAAUAUUAUUGUCGCUGCUCUCCAUCUCAGUGUAUGCGAAACGACAACCAUGCUCCAGAUUCAGCUGUGCUGCUCCACUUGUUUUGUACUGCAUUCUUCUUUCGUACCAGAUCUUCGUAGCGGUUGUGGUGGCGAAAGUGUCAAGAAUGCCCAUGGCAAACGACGAUGGUCACAUAAUCGCUAAUUGGCCAACAACGCAAGUCUCUUCAGUAGCAAAUGAAGAAGACCCUCACUUGCGUCCCCUUGGCAUACAAAUAAUUGGUUUAUCCCCACGGGCCAUGCGAGCACGCGUCAUUAACCAAGUCGUCUCACAUGAAAGUGGUUCGGCUAGAGAUGCCUCAACGGCAAAUAGUAAGCCCGUGUUGAGCGACUCCACAGAAAUCAUAUAUGCAGUCCAGCAGCCUGACGGCCUUAAGCUUGCAAUUGCGCGGGUCUGUAAAGAUGCGAAUUUGGAGACUCUACCAGUUGGGAAUUCAAGUGGUAAUUCUCAAGGACACAGCCUGGCAAGCCUCUUGGGCCGAGCCAUGACACCACCUCUUGACACUACCAUUAAUGUUCCGCAACUGGAGCAGAGUGUAACGUCUGGAGGCACCGAGCUUGUCACGGUAGUUUCUCCGUCAGUUGAACCAGUGGAACCCCCAACCUGUAGUAGCCACAUGGAGGAACCGGAUGAAAUUGAGAUUCAGGAGCAACGUCAAGACCAGCCGAUGAAUCCCUGA